AUGAAUGAUUUAUUUCCGUAUCAUAUUAAUACUGUAACCUCAGCACUUCAAUCAUUAAAUUUAAAUACUGAUCAUGAACAAAUAUCAAAAAUUUAUACUCGUCAUACAUUUCCACCAGCGGCACGUAUUCCACGUAUUCUAAAAAUUCCUUUAACAAAUAAAUUUCCAUUUCCAACACGACAUAUUCGUCUAGAAUUCGAUCAUUGUACAGCAAAUUAUUAUAUAGAAAUUGAUACAAUUUCAUUAUGUGGUCAAAUUUUAAAUUCUAAUCAAUCUUUUCCAACAGAAAUUAUUUCCAAACAAGAAGAAAAUAUUGAAUUAAAUUUUGAAAAUAAUUUAAUAAAACUUCCUUUUGAUAUACUUUUUCUUAUAUGUUCUUAUCUUGAUUUACAUUCAUUAAUACAAUUUUCAUCAACAUGUCGUUAUUUACGUCAACAAUGUCUUCAUCCAUUACAAUUUCAUUCUCUUAAUUUACAACCUUAUUGGAAUGGUAUUACAAAUGAUUCAAUUAAAAAUUUCUUUCUUGAUCAUUGUAUUCAAACACAAUAUCUUUCAUUAGCAUGGACAAAAUCAAUACAAUAUUCAUCAUUUAAUCAAUUAUUAAAUAUAUGUUCAAAUAAACUUGUUCAACUUAAUCUUGCUUGUUGUCGAUAUUUAACAGGAGAAUAUAUACAAACAAUUGUUGAUUAUUGUCCAAAUAUAGAAAUAUUAAAUUUAGAUAAUUGUUCACAUUUAAAUAAUCUUGAUUUUAUACCAUUAAAAAAUCUUCAUCAUAUUCGAACAUUAAAUGUUUAUCGAACAAAAAUUGAUUAUCGAACUUUAUUACCAUUAAUCGAUAAUAAUAAAGAACAUUUAGAAAAUAUCAAUUUAGGUAGUUGUCAAAAUUUAAUUGAUACUGCUGGUAUUGUUAAAUUAUUAUUUGCUCGUUGUUUUAAUCUUCGUUCAAUUGAUCUUUGGCGUUUGCCUAUUUUACCACAAACUUGUUAUUUAUCAAUUGUUGGUUUAUCACAUGAUAUUGAAGAAGAAGAACGACGACUUUCAAAUUUACCAAUGAAUGAACAAGAAGAUUUAACAAUUAUUUAUUCUCUAAUUAAUAUGCCAGUUGAAAUAAAUUCAGUCGUACAUAUGACUUAUUUAAGUGAAAUUGAUAUUGGAUGGACUGAUCCACCAGGAGGUUUUAUACAAAAUUUAGUUCAACAAGCUGGACAAAAUUUAAUUAAAAUAUUUCUAACUGCUUGUAGACGUAUAAGUAAUGAAGAUAUAAUUGCGAUAAGUGAAAAUUGUCUUAAAUUACGUCAACUUGAUGUACUUGGUUCGAAUGUAAUACAUGAAGAAGCUAUUGAAUGUAUAAUUAAACGUUGUGUAUAUAUAGAAUUUCUUGAUUUAUCAUUUUGUUCAAAAAUUUCGGAUGAAAAAAUCUCACAUUGGAUAUCUCAAUAUAAAAAUUGUUUUAAACGAAGUUAUCAACCAAUUAAUAACGAUAAUAUUUAUUCCGAAUUUCCUUAA